AUGGCAUCACAACUGGCAUUAGUGCUACUCAACAGACAUCUCGGUCUUCGAGAAAACUCUCCAUUCUGCUUGAUUUUGGACUCACUUCGCCAGACAUCACAUUACUUAAUUGAAGAGUUUGUCCAUUGCUCUGCAGCGCCAGUCAUAUACCUAUCCUUCGAGGCCCUGUCCCAACCUUCAUACGCAUCAAGCUUCCUAGAUUGUUCACAAGUUUCUCCACUGCAGAUUCAAAAGUUUGUACAAGCAAAUGUUGUCAAUGGACAGAAGCUGUUGGUCAUUGUCGACUCGCUCAAUUAUAUUGAGGCCGAUCAAGCUGCGUCAUUUGUAUCAUCUAUAGUUCUGCUGCAGGUUACUGUAGUGGGAGUCUACCAUACUGGAGUACCUACAGUGUCUAGGACCGGAUAUCCAAGCACACAAGCACUUUUGUCAUACAUUGCACAGGCUAUCUAUGAGUUGGAGCCCGUGAAGAUCGAAGACGAAGAAGAGGUUGACAAUAAGCUUCAAAAGUUCCAGUUCUCUGUGAAUGAGAAUCUCAAUCAGCCAACUUUCAAGUUGACCUUGACCAACCGGCGCAAAUCAGGUAAGUCUUUGACUUACAAUUACAUAUUGGAUACUACCAAGCAUGAGUAUGGAAUCUAUAAGGUCCAGGAAGACAAUGAAGUUGAGGAAGAUGAGGAAAUGUUGAAGAGCCUCACCACUUUCAACUUAACCACUAGCUCCAAGCAGAAGUUGGCACGUGAACAGGUUGAAUUGCCAUUCAUGGAGGCUCAAACAGAGAUGGGAAAGUAUGGGGGAGCCAUUGUGUAUGAGUUCGAAAAAGAUGAUGAUUACGAUGAAGAAGAUCCAUACGAAGAUCCAUUUUAA